AUGGACCAAUCCCUUCAGGAUGAUAGUAUAGGCACAGAUGAUGAUGUCGACUAUGUAUCUCAAGACCCGAUUCCCGCUGUUGAUCUCAAAGAGGCGGAAAUGAUGGAAGUGGCAGACUUACCCCGCUAUCCUCCGCGGAGGGAGCCCACUCCGAGAGGAAUGUUUGGUGCAGCAGUCCGUAAACUGAAAAAUAUCCCCGCUUGUGUUUGGGUUAUCAAUCAACACUCAGAAGAAAUCACGGUCGUGGUUUCGAAAUACAAACCAAAUCGUCUCCUAACGGGCAUGGGAUUAAGUGCCUCACCAAAUGGAGUAGGAUUAAACUUUGAGACUACGGACCAGCCUCACGGAAAACACUCGCAGCUCAAGACCAAGGUCGUGAGAGUAGUACCGCGGUAUUCCCAUUAUGGACCCGCAAAGAAGGAUUUGGUGUAA